UCAUUCACUUUCUCUCUCCACCCCCAUUUCAAUUUCUAGGGUUUGCACUUUCACACAGCAAAAAUGGUGAACAUCCCAAAAACGAAGAAAACCUACUGCAAGAACAAAGAGUGCAAGAAGCACACAACCCACAAAGUGACCCAAUACAAGAAGGGCAAAGACAGUUUGGCUGCGCAGGGAAAACGCCGUUACGAUCGCAAGCAAUCUGGCUAUGGCGGUCAGACUAAGCCUGUUUUCCACAAGAAGGCUAAGACUACCAAGAAGAUUGUUCUGAGGCUUCAGUGUCAGUCGUGCAAGCAUGUGUCGCAGCACCCAAUUAAGCGUUGCAAGCACUUUGAGAUUGGUGGUGAUAAGAAGGGCAAGGGUACUACCUUGUUUUAGAUGUUUGGUUUCUCUCUCCUCAAUGUUUCUUCUGGUUUUAGAAGUUUAAUUUUGAUGAGUUUUUCGCGUUAGAUUUGGAAACGAUUUAUGCUUUCUGCAAUUUUUGUUGGAUAUUUUAAUUUGUGUACGGAUGUUAUUGCUGAAAUGAAUUAGUCUGUUUUUAUUUAUGAUUA